AUGGGCCAAACCGCCUCGACCCCAAAUCCAGAUACACAGCUCCAGGUGAUAGGAGCCGCACUCCUUCGCACGGGGAGAGCAUCCUUCAGCCUCGCCCUUUCCAUCCUCAUCGACGGGCCCGUCUACCACAGCGGCACGCAACUCACGCGCGGCGCGCCCUCGGAACUAAAGACCUGGAUUCGUAUCCUGCGCAGUUGGCUGGCCGGUGACCGCCGCACAGUGCUGUCCGAGAUGGAGCGCCAUAUCAACGGCUACGCAGCCAUCACCGACGCGCCAGGCUGCCAGCUGCUCCCAGAGCUGCUCGAGCUCUACCCGGACGCUAAGGUGGUCUGCACCGUUCACGCCUUUACACGCCUGUGGUUCCUCAGGCUCCUCCUCCUUCCUGUUCCUGGUAAGCGGCACUUUAUUGACUUUCUUUGGUUGCUGCGGCGGCAGUGGAGUUGUCUGUAUGCGGACGGUCGAUGCUUGGAAUCUGCCAAGGACGUCGGCGAUACCCUGCUAUGUGAGGGUGUAUACGCCAGGCAUAUCGCGUGGGUGGAAGAGAAUGUUCCUGCCGACCGGUUGGUGUUCUUUGAUGAGGUUCCGAAGGAGAUUCCGUUUCCUCAUGUUAAUGAUGCGGAGGGGAUCGCGCAGACGGGCAGGUAUUAUCUCCGACAAGCGAUGAUGCGGUGGGUAGGGAUUAUUGCGGUAGGCGCUGUUACGAUUGUAAGCUUGACGCGGUAG